AUGACAAGCUCCAACGCCACCACCUUGUCCCUGAAAGAAAUCGUUGAACGUGAAAAACAUUUACGCACCUCUGAUAAAUUGCGCAAAAGUGAAAUAAUUAAAGAACUUCGUGGCAAUAUUUUGAUAUUGAAAAUCAAUCGCCCGGCCAGCAGGAAUGCCUUAAAUCGUAAUGCUGUUUACGAUUUAAUUGCUGCCAUUGGUGAAGCCACCCAUAAUCAAGAUGUAAAAAUGAUAUUACUAACCGGCUAUGGGCAGGUUUUUUGUGCGGGUACCGAUCUUAAACAAUUGCAGGAUUAUCCUAACCCUGAAGAUUAUUUUUAUGGGGCAAAUUAUAUCUUAAGAUCUUUGGUCAAGACGAUUAUUGUGUGCCCCAAAAUCAUUGUUGCCCUAAUAAAUGGUCCAUGUAUUGGUAUUGGUUUUACGCUGGCCGCUCUCUGUGACAUUUGUGUCUGCACCAAGGAGGCAUAUUUUCAAACACCAUUUUCCCAGUUGGGUUUAUGUGCCGAGGCAUGUUCAUCGUAUACUUUCGUGCAGCAUUUUGGCCAAUCAUGGGCUUCCAAGUUGUUGCUGUUUGGUGAAAAACUUUCUGCCGAAAAAGCCGAGCAAUUGGGUUUUGUCACCCGCAUUUAUGUUGACUUGCAGGAUGUUGAAAAUCGAUUGUGGCCUAAACUUGAAGAAUAUUCACGACUACCAUGGGAGUCGGUGGCAAUUAGUAAGAAUUUAAUGCGUUUAAAUCAUCGUGAGCAGCUGCUGAAGGCAUUGGAGGCCGAACUCAAGGAAAUUGGUAAAUUACGUCGGGGGCCAGUUUAUCAGAAAGCCAUUGCUGAUUUUCUACAAAAAUCGAAAAGUCAAAGUAAACUUUAA